AUGGCACCCAAAGACUCUGCUAGUAUUGAUGUUGGAUAUCCCAUCAUGGGAAUCAAAUUCCUCAACAACAAGACUAUUCUUGUAGCUGGUGGUGGAGGAGAAGGUAACAAUGGGAUUCCUAAUAAGAUCACCGCAAUCAAAUCCAGCUUCAAGGUGAAAGAUCCCAAUAGAAAAUUGCAACGGUUUAGAGAAAUCACGUUGCCUUCAAAUGAAGAUUCGCCACAAUGUAUAGACACCGCCAAAUUAGUUGGCGAAAACAAGUUUAAUGUGGUACUUGGUUGCAACCAGAGUUCACAAUUGAUCAAGUCCAUGAAUAUCAACAAUAAUAUCAGAAAGUAUGAAUAUACCAAUGAAGAGCAUUUGCGAUUUGUAGAUGCUGCCCAAUUCGAAGCAGAGAUUAAUGGAGACGCAGACGACUACCCAAAGAUUGUGAGAUUGGCACAAAACAACAAUGUGGGUUGUUUUAUGACAUCAAUCGUUCCAUCUUCAAUUUAUAUUUUCAAUCCGGAAACUUUGGAGUUGAAUUAUAAAUUUAUACCUGACAAAAGUAUCGAAAUAAAAGAUUUUGUGUUGAGUCCACAUGAUGGGAAUUCAUUGUGUUAUAUUACAUCAAAUUCGAUUAAUGUUGUUGCAACAAAUAACACCAGUAAUGUUGAGUUGUCGUCCGUUUCUAUACCAAAUUUGGAUAAACAAUUAAAGGGCUACGUGUUGUCCAAAGUUAGAUAUAUCAAUAGCGAUGAAUUAUUACUUGCGGCAACAUUUGUUGGUAAAAAGGGUGCGGUCUUGUUGAGACUAAAUAUUCCAAAUAAGAAAAUCAUCCAAACACAAGUGAUCUCUAAAAAAGGCGUGAUUGUGUCGAUGGAUGUUUCUCCCACCAAAGUAGCUGUGGCUACCAAUGACUUGGCAUUAACAUUGAUUAAUUUGUCAAACUUAAAAGUGUUAAAAGCUUUCAAAAACUUACAUUCUUGGGCAAUUACAAGUGUGAGCUUUUCUCCUUCCGGAGACAAAGUAGCUAGUGUCCUGGCAAGUGGGACUUUAGUUGUUUCUAAAAUUUCCUCGAUAGGCAGAUCAGGUGGCUCUGGUUGGUUUUUGCUGGUGUUACUUGCUUUAGUUUUUGGUAUUGUUGCUAUUCUUGCUGCUGUAUUCCCUGACUUUGCUACUCAAUUGACUGGUCAAUCGUCAUUGAUCGAUUACAAAUUUUUUGAUUUUGCUGUUCCAGUUUCGAUUGUGGCUGAAAAGUACUCAUCUAUUGUUUCCCAAUUCUUGGAUACUAAAUCCACUACAGUUUCAAGCGUCGAAUCUAAAAUUUUGGAUAAUACACCAAGCGCUGAAAUUCCAACCACUGAGUCUACAUUUUUGCAGUCUGUCGAUCAUCAAGAUCCAAUUAUUGAUUCCUCCGAGGUUGAAUCUGCAGAUGUGGAAACCACCGUUAUUGAGGUUGUCGUUGAGGAGACCACGGUUGUGGAGAACUCUUCUGUUGAAACCUCCAUUAUUCCAUCCGAGGUCAGAGAAGCACAUACUGAAAAGUCAUCAUCUAUUGAAGAAUCACAUGUUCCAUCAACUUUUAUUGAAUCAGAUGUUGUGUCUUCGACAGAAACAUCCUCUUCUGUUGAAUCUUUGGUGGAAUCACCUGUUGUUGAAUCUUCAGUGGAAGAAACUCCAAUUGUUGAAUCUUCACCCGUACAGCCUCCUAUUAUCGAAGAAUCAUCUUCUUUCGAAUUAGAAUUCCUGGAAUCAACUACUGAGUCUCAAGUUGUUCAAUCAUCUGUUAUUGAAUCUGUUGAGGAAGAAUCGUCACUUGAAGGAACUACGAUCAUAGAAUCGCAAUCUGUGGAACCACCUGUUGUUGAAUCUUCCCUGAGUGAGAUAUCAUCUGUUGAAUCAUUUUCUUCAGAACCUGCGAAUGUGGAGUCAUCAUCUACUGAAUCUUCCGUCUUAGAAUCUUCAUCUGUUCGAGCUUCAUAUAUUGAAUCUCCAUCGGUUGAAUCGUUGCCUGUUGAAUCCAUAUCUGUCGAAUCUCCAUCCACUGAAUCACCAACUGCUGAGUCUAUGUCUGUUGAUGUUUCAUCUACUGAGGUUUCAUCUAGCGAGUCUCCAUCUACUGAUCCAUCUUCUGAGUCUCCAUCCCCUGAUGUUUCAACUGUUGAAUCAGCUAGGGUCGAGUCCUCUUCUGUUGAAAAUCCAUCUGUCGAAACUUCAUCUGUUGAAACCCCUUCUACUGAAACCCCUUCUACUGAAACUCCACUUACUGAAACUUCAUCUACUGAACCAUCAUCCGCUGAAAUUCCCGCUGUUGAAUCUAUUAGUCUGGAAUCUUUAUCUGUUGAAACUCCGUCUAUAGAAGUAUCAUCAGCAGAAUCUCAUUCUGUUGAACCCAAUGUCACUGAGUCUUUGUCUGUUCAAAGCUCAACUGCUGAAUCCGAUACCGCUCCUUCAUCAAUCACAUCGGCAAGUACCAAGAAAGCAAGAGUAAAAAGAACAAUUACCAAAAAGGUUACUAGAACUAUCAAAAAAGAUGAAUUGUAA